AUGAAGUUUGGAUUUUUAUCUUUGGUCUUAGCCAGUACUGCUUUGCUAAGAAAAGUUUCUGGAACAGAAGUUGUAGGAGGAGUUUACUUCUCCAAUGAUGUUCCAUUGGGAGAUGCACUAAAUAUUGAAGCAAAGGAUUACUUCAAUUCCCUUCUUAAAUAUACUAAAGAGUUUUGUCAGAAUCCAGGAAACAAGAUUACCUAUGUGGUUGCAGAAAACUUGGUGUUAGAUAACUCUAACUCACAACCUGGUGCUACUUACCCAUGGGUUUCCUACACUAAUGUUGAAGAUGCUGAGACUGUACCAAUAGCUGACAAUUGUGAUAAUGUCUCUGUUCAAGUUUUUGGGGAUGUUUCACUUGCAAAGUUCAUUGAAAAUAGCCAAUCUCAGUUUAGUGAACAUAACUUUGUGGUUGUGCAACAGAAGCCUCAAUUCACCAUUACUUCUGAAAUUGAUGAGGCAGAAGUACAAGAAGAACAAUUGGUUGUGGGUGAAUUUUACUGGCAAAGUGAUAUUUCCAACGAUGGAAAUUUCAAAAGAACUCCUUCUAAUUCUACUACUAGAGGUGAGAGUGUAUUCACUCAUUAUCAAUUCUUUACACCUGGUAUUAUAUCCAGUCUUGUUUUGUCAUCCUUCUUGAUUUUCAUAUUGUAUGUUGCUAUAAGUUGGAUGGCUUCAAUUGAAGUCACUUAUCUGGCUUUUGACAAGCAGAUUGAUUACGAAAAGAAGACAGAGUAG